AUAGAACGAAAGGGUAGCCGUCGGUGAGAUACUUGAUUGAGAAAUUAAAUUGAAAAAUCACCUAAAUUCUUUCAUCUAUUCUCACCUAAAUUCCAUCCAUCAAAACUAUAUUUACCUAAAUUCCUUCAUUUACAAUUAUCUCUUCACAUUAACAUUUAUCAGAAAAAGACUUUACAACUAAAUUUAAUUCCAUUUUUUAAAUUGAAAUUUCUGCAUCCAUAAUUCUCACUUUAUUAUUUCACAUAAGAACACAAAAGAAGAGAACGUUGCUCCAAAAUUAGUAUAUAACCGUCUUUACCAGUGUUCAAAACCCAAACCCAAACCCAAACACAGAAAAGAUUCCACAGAAUAAUCGCUUAUUCGUUACUUUUCACGUUUGUUCUACUUCUCGUAAAACUCGAUCAUCACUAACACUAUCAUCACUGAACUCAGAUUUCAUUCUUAGCAACAACUGAAGUGUUGUAUUUUUGCCAGAUCUUGCGGCGUUCAAUUAGGGCUUUUCAAGGGCUUUGUUUUCUUAUAUGAAGAAUAGCUCCUCUGUAUAGUUUUAUGAUCAUACAAUCAGAAAAGUUUGGACAUAAUGGGGACCAGUACUCGCAGUUCCACCAAUAGAAAACCAAGUGAAGGUAUGAGGCUGGUUCUGACAACUUUUGUGGGAAUAGUUUUUGGCUUCUUUAUAGGGAUUUCAUAUCCAACAUUAAAUACAAAGUUGAAUAUCUCAUCCAACCUGCUUCCCUCCAUUGAUGUGUCUUCAAUUGAAGUCGAAUAUGAAAGUGGCAAUGCUCAGUCUUUUAUGAAGAAUGAUAGCAGCGACUCAUCAAAAUAUCGGUUAUUAAAUGACACAUUGAAGAUUUGGAUUCCAUCAAAUCCAAGAGGUGCAGAAAGAUUACCUCCUGCGAUAAUUGAAGCUGAGUCAGACUUUUAUUUGCGUAGAUUGUGGGGUCAGCCUAGCGAGGAUUUAACGUCAAAGCCGAACUACCUUGUGACCUUCACUGUCGGUCAUGAUCAGAAACAUAAUAUUGAUGCAGCUGUGAAAAAGUUUUCAGGGAAUUUCACAAUUCUUCUGUUUCAUUAUGAUGGCCGAACAACUGAGUGGGAUGAGUUUGAAUGGUCGAAGCAGGCUAUUCAUGUGAGUGUUCAUAAACAGACAAAAUGGUGGUAUGCUAAAAGGUUUCUGCAUCCUGACAUUGUGGCACCUUAUGACUAUAUUUUUAUAUGGGAUGAAGAUCUGGGUGUUGAGCAUUUUAAUGCAGAGGAAUACUUAAGACUGGUGAGGAAGCAUGGCUUGGAGAUUUCACAGCCUGGUUUGGAGCCUAACAAUGGGCUGACUUGGCAAAUGACAAAGAGAAGAGGUGAUCGCGAAGUUCAUAAAGAAACAGAGGAGAAACCAGGAUGGUGCAGUGACCCUCAUCUGCCUCCUUGUGCAGCGUUUGUUGAGAUCAUGGCUCCAGUGUUUUCACGCGAUGCAUGGCGCUGUGUGUGGCAUAUGAUUCAGAAUGACUUGGUCCAUGGGUGGGGUCUUGACUUUGCUCUUAGAAAAUGUGUUGAGCCGGCCCAUGAGAAGAUAGGAGUUGUUGAUUCUCAGUGGAUUAUUCACCAAAGUAUUCCCUCACUAGGGAAUCAGGGAGAAUCCAAAUCCGGGGAAGCGCCAUGGCAGGGGGUGAGGGAGAGGUGUAGAAAGGAGUGGACAAUGUUCCAGAGUCGGGUGGCAAGUGCAGAAAACGCAUAUUACAAGGCCGUGGGAAUUGAUUUGUUUAAUUCAACUAAUCCUUAGGAGACAACAACAAACGAUGACUUGUACACAACCAUCGCGGCAUUGUCUUCCAAAUUUUACUAGCGAAAUAUAGAUGUUUUCUCACACUCCUUUCAGAGAGAAUUGUUUUUUUGGUUAGUCAUAGUAGCUAAGGACAAAAUAACUCCAUGUAGUAGAAUUCCAGAGCUGAAAGUAGAAAAUUAAAAUGUAGGUAAACGUGUAGUAUUUGAUUGUAAUGUUCUUUUAUGACCUAUGUAAUGCCUGGUAAUACUCAAAUUGGACACGACAAUGAAGAAGCACUUUACUGUA